AUGGCUCAAGAGGGCGUGUGCUGGGGUGUCGACGGCAAGCAGUGGACCAGAAAUAACCGAUUCCCGCGUGUGAAACGAUGCGGCGAUGGCAGCUACUGCUGUUCGGAAGACGAUCCUGGAUGCUGCGCCGGUAAACGCGGUGUCUUCCUCGACUCAAAAGGCAACAUUGAGGAUGACGUGACUUCUUCAACCGAAUCUUUGGUCCAGACCACCUCCUCAGCUGAGACAGUAUCAUCUACAAUCACGGAUGCUUCCGUGACGGCAUCCUCCGAUCCAAGCCCCACGUCAGACGAGACGGAAGAAACGAAUACUGGGACUCCCGAAAACAGUCAAGGCAUGAAGAUCGGACUUGGUGUUGGUGUCCCAGCCGCUACCAUAAUCUCUGGGCUAUCUGUUUGGCUCUUCCUUCGUAAAAAGACUGCCAAACAUCAAAACCAGAGUACAGCUGUUUCGCAUCCCGCGACGUACCAUUACCCACAACCAGGAGGUCCGCCAGACGUCUCCCAGGCACAUCUAUACCAGCAACAAUAUCCUCAGGCAUAUGGGCACUAUCCUGAAGUCGGUGACCAAAGAAGCACCAAGUCUCCUCCUACAGUACAAGAGCUCCAAGGGUGA